AUGGCGGCGGUGCCGGGGAUCCCGGCGCUCCCGGGGCUCCAGGGCAUCCAGACGUGCCUCAGGGUGGCGGGAGCGGCCGCAGCGCGCCCCGAGUGCUUCCUCAGUGUGCAGGAUGGGCUGGCUGCCGACUUCAGAGCAAUGACAAAGACUCUCUACGAUUUGAAUAAAGGAAGUAACAUAGUUCGUGGGGGCCCUCUAAAAGAGCUGGUGAUAGAAAAUUUUGAUGAAGAACAGAUUUGGCAGCAGCUAGAGCUCCAGAACAAUGCAGUUCUCAAUUUCUUCAAGAAAUCCAUUGCAAGGGAUGCCGAGGAUGAAGAUCUUUGCCUUCUUUCAGACCAGGAAGACGAGGGCUCUGAUGCAGGGACCAGCAGUGACAAGGAGUUGGAAGACAACAUAAUGGAAGCAGACACUGAACAGAUGAAUGUUUAUACAAAAGAUAAAGAUAAAACUAAAACUAAAGCUAAAGAAAAGCAAAGUAAACUCAGAGAAAGCAUAAUGCAGAAAGACAGUGAUGAGGAUUCUGAUAUUGACUUUGAUAUUGAAGCACUGGAGCAACAAGCUAAAACAGCCAAGGAAACCACAUUGAGAAAGAAGGGAAGAAAAUCUGUAGUGGAUGAUAAGUUUUUCAAGCUAGCUGAGAUGGAAGCUUUUUUAGAACAUGCAGAGAAGGAAGACAAUGAAGAAGAAGAAGAAGAAGAUGACAUUAAUUAUUUUGAAGACAUUAUCUCAGAUGAUGAGGAAGACUCUGAAGAAGCUAAAGUCAAACCAAUUAAAAGUUCUAGAGAUAUGACAUACAAAGAUUUCUUUGAUCCAGUUGAUGAUGAUGAUGGUGAUGAUGAUUUAGUAGCUAAUGAUGCUGAAGAGGAUCAUGAAGAGGAAGCAGACAGUGCCAUUGAAGAGCAAAAUGAAGAAAGUAUGUCUGAGUUUGAGGAUAUGGAUGAAAUGGUGGAGCACAUGAGAAGUAAAGAAGCUUCUAAAAAAGUAACUUUCAGUUUGCCAGAUGACAGUGAAACAGAAGAUGUAACUGAAGCACAAUUAGAGAAGGACAUCAGUCCCAGUGAAAUAAAGUCCUCAUUUGAGAAGAGACAGGAAAAGAUGAGCAAAAAAAUAAAAAGCUUGGAAGAAGCAUUGUUAGAGGAGAAGCCUUGGCAGCUGAAAGGAGAAGUGACUGGGCAGAAGCGCCCUGAGAACAGCCUUUUGGAAGAAACAGUGCUCUUUGACCAUGCAGUGAGAAUGGCACCUGUGAUCACAGAAGAAACUACUUUUCAGCUUGAAGAUCUCAUUAAGCAGAGAAUAUUGGAUGAGGCAUGGGAUGAUGUAGUACCAAAAGAGAAACCCAAAGAGGAAGCUUUUGAGUACAAGAAGCGGAUCAGUUUGGAUCAUGAAAAGAGUAAACUGAGUCUGGCUGAGAUCUACGAGCAAGAAUACAUGAAACUUCACCAGCAAAAGACUGAAGAGGAAGAAAAUCCUGAACACAAAGAAAUUCAGGAAAUGAUGGAUUCACUCUUCCAGAAGCUGGAUGCACUUUGUAAUUUCCACUUCACACCCAAACCACCGGUGCCAGAAGUUAAAAUCGUUUCCAACCUUCCAGCUAUAAGUAUGGAAGAAGUAGCACCAGUUGCUGUUAGUGAUGCUGCUCUCUUGGCACCAGAGGAGAUCAAGGAAAAGAACAAAGCUGGUGAUGUAAAAACAGAUGCAGAAAAGACUCCCACAGACAAAAAACGAGAACUGAGAAGGAAAAAGCUCCGUAAACGUAUGAAGCGAAGGGAAAGGGAGAAACGUCAAAAGCUUCUUGAAAAGAUGAAACCAGACCAAGGCACAAAACUUAGCAAGAAAGCUGCUGCAGCAAAAUUAAAAAGGCUUACCAAAGAAGGCAAAGCAUCUCUGCUCAAGGAUGAAGGUAAAGACAAGGCCUUGAAAUCAUCCCAGGCCUUCUUUUCUCAGCUACAAGAUCAAGUGAGAAUGCAAAUCAAAGAUGCCAGCAAAUUAAAAAAGAAACAGAAGAAGGAGAAAGCAAUCUCUGUUCAUAAACUAAAGUUGUAAUUUACCUUUUUUAUACAGGUACAUGCAUAUAUACAUCUUGUAUAUAUUAAAUUUUUUUUCUGAAUUUGA